AUGGGAAGAAAAACACCAAAGGUCAAAAAUACGCCACCACCAAAAACUGAACCACCACCACCACCUCCAGUUGCAGUUCCAGAUAUUAGCGAAAUUCCUGCUAAAUUGAAUGAAAUUAUGAAAAUUCCAAAUCAAUUUGAAGCAUUUGUCAAUACAACAGCAUUAUUACACCAAUAUCCGAUGUGUUCUGACUUAUUUUUGCGUCUUUUACUCACUCAAUUCUCAGCAAUUUCAGAUGACAAAAUUCCAAUGGCAGCUCCUCUAUUUUUAGACUCAUUAGUACGAAACAAACACAUUAUUCAAUUCACCACAUUGUAUAAUACUUUAUACGAGAACGGAAAAGAGAAUGAAAUAUGGAGAUUUGUACCUGCGUAUGAAUUAUCUGCCGAAAUGAUACCAUGUUAUAAACAAUGCAAAUUGAGUAUGGAUGAUAUACGUAGAAUUCUUCAAACUACACCUCUUGUUGAUAAGCAAAUAUGCUCUAUUCUCUAUCAAUUUCCAGAACUUGCUUCAAUUGUAUACGAAGUUGUAGGUUCUUCUGCAACUCCGUUCAUUAUUGAUAUAUUAGAUAAAUUAUCAUCAGAUCAGCUUAAAGUACUUCAAAAAUUAACAAAUAAUACAGGAUCUAAUUUGGAUGCCAUCCUUUGCCAGAGAUUAGAUUACAAAUAUGAUACAGAAAAUAUACAAGAACCAUUUAUACUCUAUCAACGUGCUAAAAAUUCUGAAGAUUGGGUUCAAGCAACAGAAAUUUCCAAAAUUCUUGGUUUGGAUUACGAAUUCUUACAAUGCAAGAGUCAUGUUGAAGGUGUAGAAGGUCUUCCAUUGCAAUUAUUAAAGCCAGUUCUUGAAGCUCAUGAACAAAAAGAUUUAAUUGAUAAUAUGUCAAACAAUUUAAGAUUUUCUCAUGAAAAUCAAGCAUUUUCAGAUUUUGCAAAUGUAGCCAAUGCAAUUUCAUCUCAGAUUGAAGAAGAUAAUGAACAAUUAAACAAUAAUUUCGCCACAAAUAAGGCUUUCAUUGACCAAUUGAUCGAAAACAAUCCAAAGAAUGGUGAUGACACUGAAAUACUUAUUACCAACAAAUGCGGCAUAUGUAGAAAGCUCCUAGGACAUGGACAAGUGUUUGCUUUCCCUUGUGGACACCAAUUCCACAAAGAUUGUUUGGAUGAUGUAGAAUACGAACUUUCUGGCAAAGAAAGCAGCAUUAUUCAUAUGCCAAAUGUAACAGAUGAAUGUCCAAUUUGCGGAUUGAAUUCUGCAGCAUCUGUACAUUUGUCAUUAAUUCCAAACUCAUUCACACCAGAAUUUUGGUCAUUAAAAUGCUAA